AUGUCGGCUACCAACAAUGACGACAACAACAAGGAAGAGUAUAUAGACAUUGAUGACGAAGCUCAGGCGGAACAGCAACAACCAGCGUACGCCUGGGAAGAAGAAUAUAAGCGUAGUUGGGAUGUACUGCAGGAGGACGAAGAUGGGAGUUUGAGACGGAUUGUGGAAGAUCUGCAAAAUCGUAUGAAGAGAAAGAGACUCCUCCGCGAUACAUCCACAAUCCGGCGUGGUAUAAUACGACAUAUGAUUCUCGUUCUAGACCUCUCUGAAUCAAUGCUUGAGAAAGAUCUUCGUCCAUCUCGUCUUGAAUUGACGUUAUCAUACAUGGACCAAUUCAUUGUGGAGUAUUUCGAUCAGAAUCCCAUAAGUCAGUUGGGAAUUGUUACCACGAGAGACGGAUUAUCGGAGAAAUUGACUGAGCUCUCGGGUAUGGAGUAUGUAGAGAAAGAACGAAACCCAAUGGAUCACAUUCGCGCUCUUAAAAGUAAAAAGAAUACCGAACCGGAAGGCGAGCCAUCAUUACAGAACGCACUUGAAAUGGCAAGGACUUCAUUGAUUCAUGUCCCGGGCCAUGGCUCUCGUGAAGUGCUGAUAAUAUUUGGUUCUCUUACCACCUGUGAUCCAGGUAACAUAUACGAUACUAUAUCUCAAUUGCAAAAAGAUUCGAUACGUGUAUCGGUUGUCGGACUGGCAGCUGAGGUACAGAUCUGUCGAUACAUGGCAAAAGAGACAAAAGGCAAGUUGAGCGAAUGGUGA